CGGACCUAGGUGGGGAGGGAAAGCUCAUUAGCUCGCGCCACUUGCUGCUGCAACCUUUGUAACAGCAUAGUGGCCAUAUUGGCACAUUUCGUCGUGACUCGUGCCAGUGUACGGUUGUUGUGUUCCGCGUCUUGUGGCAGCUUCUCUCAAGGUUAACGUGAAGUAGUUACGCAAGGCAGGCAGGUGAAAGCAGCCAGUGGCGCCAAAAAGGCUCUCAAAAGUUUUCCCAUACAGUUUCCGAACGUCCCAGAGCACUCGCAACGACCCACGAUGAUGUCCUCGCUGCAGUCCGUGUUUCUCGUUAGCUUACUGGUGAUUGCGGUAUUCAUCCAGAAGGGUGAUGCCAUCCGUUGCUUCGAGUGCAACAGUGCGGAGGACUCGACCUGCACGCACGACAACCCGCCGGACUCGAUGUCGGUCGACUGCAACGACCACAAGGACGGCAACAAGUACACCUUCUGCCGGAAGAUUGUCCAGAUCAUCGAGUUCCCGGUGAACAACCUGCCACCAGACAACCGAGUGAUCCGUGGAUGCGGCUGGGAUGAGUCCUCCUACAAGGUACGUAGCCGCGCGGGUUUAACCUCUUCCAUUCAUGUCGAUCCCCCCGGAUGUCACUCAUCGUUUUCGUGCGUUCGUUUCUUUCUCUACACACAGGGCCGCUGCUACCAGCGCUCCGGGUUCGGUGGACGUCAGGAGGUGUGCGCCUGCUACGAUGACAAUUGCAACGGUGCAUCCUCGCUGUCCGUCACCUUCGGCGUGCUGCUGUUCGGUGCAAUCGCUUUCCUGAUUCGUGCUUAAUCCAAUCAACGGUUCCAAUUCCACCGGCACAUAUCCACCACCGAACAGGCUAGUGGAGAGCUCUAGUUUCUUUCUCUAAUUCGCCUCUCCUCCUGUCCCGCCGGUUGACUACUUCCCUUUUUUCUCUCUCUUCGGGGCUCGGGAAGGAGGAGAAGGAUCAUCGCUUUUUCCAUCACGAAUUGACCAAGUCAAUAGCGGUGAAAGUUGUGAAAGUGUGUGUGUGUGUACACACACGUUACGGAUUUAGUUUAAGGAUUCCAAAAAAACACAUUCCAACGUUGCGGAAUUGUUUCAAUUCAGAUUUAUCCCAUUCGAUGGUAAUCAUUCCACCAACAAACAAAAGGAUCCCGUUUUCCUUCCCGUUGUUGUUGAUCUUGUCAGUGUUAGUCAAGUCUCGAUCGACUAAUGGCCCAACGUGCGCAUCCCCCCUUAUAAAGCAUCGAGCAUCAAGAUUUUUUUAAAAUACAACCGACCGAAUCGAAUCGACGAGGUGUACGAAUUUUGUAAAAAAAAAUGUCUACGUUACGCUAUUUUAAGAACCCGAAUCUAAUGCAAAACGCGUUUCGUGCUGCGCCAUGCUGCUUCGCCAUCGAGCGAAAGAGCGUGUGCAGACGCGGUAGUAGGGAAGAAACAUUUAUUGUGGCAGCGCAAGUGUUCAACCAGAAAAUGCAUCAGACAGAGUUUAGAUUUUAAUAGAUUAUUUCGUUACAGAUAUAAUAGCAGACAGGCCGGCGUCGCCCGCGGUACAAGCUUAAUACACACACACAAAACACGACGAAACGGAAACGGCGCGCACCGCCCGCGUAUGUUUCACCUUUAAUAAUACCAUUUAAAGAUAAAAACAAGAAAAAUCAGUUUAAAAACAGUAACACGAGAGAGACACAUAAAAAAACGCAAAUUGCAGCAGCAGCAGCAGCAGCAGCAGUAGUAAGAAUAAUGCAAACACAGCAGCAUCAAGCCCCCCAUCUCCAUUGUCCUUUAGGGAGCGCCUAGGGAAAGAGUGUCGGGAUUGUUAGAAGUAUAAUAAAAGCUGAAUAAAUAAAACAGAGAAAACUCGAGAAAAAUAAAACAAAA